CAUUCAUUUUCACGGCCUUUUCUAUCAUACUCCGAAGAUAUAUUUAAAUUGGUUUCUCAAUACUAUCCGGUAUCGUAGACGUAUUGCAUUUUCCGUAACGGAAGGCCAUGAUGCUGGGGCCCAAACUGUUAGCAUUUUCUGCUGCCCUUUUGGGGUGCCCUUUUGGGGUGCAUCAGAUCACAAGGGGCACUUCUGAAUCCGACUUUAAACCAUUGAGCCGGUCUGAUGCCUCUUUCUGCAACGGUGGAUUGCAAGUGAGCUAUCCAGACCUGGACAUCAGCAAGUGCCUUGUUAUUUCCAGAGAAAAUCAACUCAGAGAGAAGAUCAGUCAAGAGUGGGGUGCUCCUCGGGUCCGUCUUAAUACAGUUGACAAGGGGAAAAAAUAUGCUUUGAUGAUGGUGGACCCAGAUGCUCCAAACCGUAGCAAGCCGACACAAGCUCACUGGAGACAUUGGCUGGUAGUGGACAUCGAGGGUGCUUCACUGAGGAGAGGGGAGGUGAGGGGAACCACUCUGUCUGACUAUUCCCCCCCGACCCCUCCGCAGAAGUCUGGUCUGCAUCGCUACCAGUUCCUGGUAUAUGAGCAGCCCGCCAACCAACGACUGAUCCUCACCAAGAUGGAGACGUCAUCCAUGGGGAACUGGGAUCCUCAGGACUUUGCCAGGAGGUUUCACCUGGGACAACCUGUGGCCGCCGUGCAGUUCCUCACCCAAAACCACAGAGACUAGGAGACGUCCAGGCUCAGCUGGGCAGUGUUGGGUGGAGGUUCCGCCGAACUCCACAGAUGACAGCUGGCUUGCCCUCGUCACCCAGCGGGAUCACCUACACACCGCGGAGAGGAGACACAGGGUUCCCUGACUGAUAGAAAGCGCCCCGAACAUCAAGCGUGAUUCAGACUCUCCCACACACUCUAUUUUCAGUGUCAUUUCAUUGAGGUAAUAUGCUAUAUAAAUUGUGUUAUUACCCCAGAUAUUUCAUUCAUAAUAUUCAGAGU